CCUAAGAUGGCGUCCGGGGAGACAGUGAAGGUUGCAGCCGGCCCGUGCGGGCUCUAGUCCGCGCUUUGCCCCUCUCCUCCCCCAGGCGGCCGGCCCAUGGCCUGGCGGAGACCCGCGCCAUGGAUCUCCGCACCGCCGUGUACAACGCCGCCCGCGACGGCAAACUGCAGCUGCUCCAGAAGCUGCUUAGCGGCCGCAGCCGCGAGGAACUGGACGAGCUGACGGGCGAGGUGGCGGGCGGGGGGACGCCCCUGCUCAUCGCCGCCCGCUACGGCCACCUGGACGUGGUGGAGUACCUGGUGGACCGGUGCGGCGCCAGCGUGGAGGCGGGCGGCUCUGUGCACUUCGACGGCGAGACCAUCGAGGGCGCGCCGCCGCUCUGGGCCGCCUCGGCCGCCGGCCACCUAGACGUGGUGCGGAGUCUGCUGCGCCGCGGCGCCUCAGUCAACCGCACCACGCGCACCAACUCCACGCCCCUGCGCGCCGCCUGCUUCGACGGCCACCUGGAGGUGGUGCGCUACCUGGUGGGCGAGCACCAGGCCGACCUGGAGGUGGCCAACCGGCACGGCCACACGUGCCUGAUGAUCUCGUGCUACAAGGGCCACCGCGAGAUCGCCCGCUACCUGCUGGAGCAGGGCGCCCAGGUGAACCGGCGCAGCGCCAAGGGCAACACGGCCCUGCACGACUGCGCCGAGUCCGGCAGCCUGGAGAUCUUGCAGCUGCUGCUGGGCUGCCACGCGCGCAUGGAACGUGACGGCUACGGCAUGACCCCGCUGCUGGCGGCCAGCGUGACGGGCCACACCAACAUCGUGGAGUAUCUCAUCCAGGAGCAGCCGGCCCCCGAGGGGCCUCCCGCCGGCGUCCCCAGCCGCACCUCCCCAGAGGAGCAGGAGGCGGCCGGGAGCGGAGAGCCCUACGAGAGCUGCUGCCCCACCAGCCGGGAGGCGGCCGUGGAAGCCUUGGAAUUGCUGGGUGCCACCUACGUGGACAAGAAGCGCGACCUACUGGGCGCCCUGAAACACUGGCGCCGCGCCAUGGAGCUGCGACAUCAGGGGGGCGCCUACCUGCCCAAGCCCGAGCCCCCGCAGCUGGUGCUGGCCUACGACUGUUCCCGCGAGGUGAGCACGGCCGAGGAGCUGGAGGCGCUCAUCACCGACCCCGACGAGAUGCGCAUGCAGGCGCUGCUGAUCCGCGAGCGCAUCCUGGGGCCCUCGCACCCGGACACGUCCUACUACAUCCGCUACCGGGGCGCCGUGUACGCCGACUCCGGCAACUUCGAGCGCUGCAUCCGCCUCUGGAAGUACGCCCUGGACAUGCAGCAGAGCAGCCUGGAGCCCCUGAGCCCCAUGACCGCCAGCAGCUUCCUGUCUUUCGCCGAACUCUUCUCCUACGUGCUCCAGGACCGGGCGGCCAAGGGCAGCCUGGGCACCCAGAUCGGCUUCGCCGACCUCAUGGGGGUGCUGUACAAGGGGGUGCGGGAAGUGGAGCGGGCCCUGCAGCUGCCCAAGGAACCCGGGGACUCGGCUCAGUUCACCAAGGCGCUGGCCAUCAUCCUCCACCUGCUCUUCCUGCUGGAGAAGGUGGAGGCCACCCCCGAGCAGCAGCACCUCAAGCACCAGACCGUGUACCGGCUGCUCAAGUGCGCGCCACGCGGCAAGAACGGCUUCACCCCGCUGCACAUGGCCGUGGACAAGGAGACCACGAGCGUGGGCCGCUACCCCGUGGGCCGCUUCCCCUCCCUGCAGGUGGUGAAGGUGCUGCUGGACUGCGGGGCCGACCCAGACAGCCGUGACUUUGACAACAACACGCCGCUGCACAUCGCCGCCCAGAACAACUGCCCGGCCAUCAUGAACGCCCUGAUCGAGGCCGGGGCCCACAUGGAUGCCACCAACGCCUUCAAGAAGACGGCCUACGAGCUGCUGGAUGAGAAGCUGCUGGCCAGGAGCACCAUCCAGCCCUUCAACUACCUGACCCUGCAGUGCCUUGCCGCCCGCGCCCUGGACAAGAACAAGAUCCCCUACAAGGGCUUCAUCCCCGAGGAGCUGGAGGCCUUCAUUGAGCUGCACUGACCCAGCGGGCUUCCGGGAGGGGCAGGGCCGCGGUGCUGCCCGCCGAUUGGCUGUCACUCCCCAAGGGCUGCUUCCGCUUCUGGGCGGGGCUGUGGCGCUGCCCGUGGAUUGGCCAGCGCUCCUCAAGGGCUGCUUCCGCUUCCGCUUCCGCGGCCGGCCCUUUCCCCUUGGCGGUGAUCCAGGCGAUUCCUGGGGGCCAGCGGUGCUAGAGACCUCCCCGAUACCGUACUAGUGAGCUAUCCCGGCCCGUUCCUCGCUGGAGAGACACAGGACCUUCCUCACAGGCCCGCCCUCCGCCUUAACCUAAAACAGGAAUCUAAGCCAUGGCGCUUCUCCCCUACCCCCGGGGAGGGGCCACUCCGGUGCAGCAGCGAGUGCCAGCCGGGUCAGGCCCAGAACGGUCCCGGGGGGCUCCGGAGCCUCCUGCACACUGCUCUUGAGUCCCUUGUUGUGGGCAGGGUGGCACGAGGGAAGCCCCAAGGGUUCAUGCCUGAGUGCCCCAGUCUCACCUGGCCUGAGCUUGGUUGGUUAAAAAAGAAUUGAGGAAGGUCCAGGGGACAGACCCCGUGCCCCAUCCCCAAAACUCAGGGGGGCAUUUCUUAAGUGCCCUUUCCCUGCCGCUCCCCUCCGCAGUAGGAGGAGCCCCCCAAAAAAAACGAGGGUGAUGGUCACAGGCGGCACUAUAAGCCCCAGAGCAAGGUCGAGGUCAGGCCUGGUGGCUGUUUCCACGACUGAGCAGCUCCAGAACCUGGAUCUGGGUCUUCCCGGGAAGAGCCUGACCUCAGAGAGUUGACAGGGAGCCUCAGCAAGUGGGUGGCACAGGAUCUGGCAUCGGGUCCUCGGCGGGGUGGGGUGGGCCCGUUCCGGAGGUUCCCUGCACCCCACGAGCCGGCCCGCAGCCGCCUCUGCACAGACGAGGCUGUGUGUGGAUUUGCAGUGUUAGUUAGCGCUGUUUCUGUCCCGGGCCCGGCCCAGCGCGCGCGUGCCUGGGAGCUGACGGCAUUAAAAUGGCGAGUCUGGAAGGCCCCCUGGUGGUCCUUGCUGGGGUGGGCGGCAAGGUGCGGAGCAGGGUGGGGAGCCGGCCCCGGACACCUCACCGCGGGGGCGGGUCCGCCGAUUUCUGGUCACUGUGUGAAAGGUUUAGUGUCAAGUGGCAUGUUGACCACGACUUAAAGAGCAAACCGGCAACGCGUCCAGACCCCUCCUUUCGGCCAGAGGGCCAAGGGGCUGCCCCCAAGCUGGGUGCGGUGCCCAGGCGCCAGCCCACCCCCAUCGGCCAUCCUGCUCAAGGGCCUUGGCCGGGGGUCGCCGCAUGCGCAUAGCCAGGCUCAGCUCAGAAGCCACCCCUUUGCCCCGCGCAGCUGUCGUGGGUCACUGAAUAUUUCCCCCGGGCACCUGCUGGGCACCCAGCGCGCUGCCAGCCCCCAAGGUCGGUUGAUCUCUGGUCACCUCUGGCAGAGCGCCCAGGCGCUGGGGCUGGUUCACGUCCAGAAAACUCUCAGCUAAGGCAUUAAGAGAGGCCCACCUGGGGGGCUGGAGUGAUAGCACAGCGGGUAGGGUGCUUGCCUUGCACGCGGCCGACCCGGGUUCGAUUCCCAGCAUCCCAUGUGGUCCCCUGAGCACCGCCAGGGAUAAUUCCUGAGUGCAGAGCCAGGAGUGACCCCUGUGCAUUGCCGGGUGUGACCCAAAAAGCAAAAAAAAAAAAAAAAGAGAGAGAGAGAGAGAGAGGCCCACCUGGGGCGGUCUGCUGCAGGGAAACGACCUGAGUGAGCUUUUUCUCAGCCUCAGUCGGGCCAUGCGCCUGCGCCUGCGCGGGAAAGCCUUGGUGAGAAGCGGGGGAAACUGAGGCCAGAGACAGAAGCUACAAGACUCCCAAGAAGACUGACUGGGGCGAACACCGAGCGCAAGAGGGGCGCUGAGUCCUUCUCCCACAUUCCCCUGGCACCCCAAACGUCCAGAAAUGACCCCCAGCACUGAACCACCACCAUUCUGCACCCCCCCCCACGCCCCCUGCAUACCCCCAAAAAGCCAGACUUGAGCCCCUCCGCUCUUCCACUGAAAGUCUAGGGUGGAUUUCAGGUGCUGCCUUGUGCAGUCACCGCAGGGCACAGACAUGAGUCCCCAGAAGGUCCUGGCUGCUGAGGGUGGCUGGAAUUGCCUCAGUCAGGAGCUGGGGGUGGGGGGGUGCAGCUCACCUGGGAGGCAGCCCAGGGAGAGGAUUGUGGGACUGGGUGCUUUCUCUGGGAAAGACAGGAUGCGGGGGCCACUGAAGGGCCCCCAAUAAUAAAUGCCACCGCCUUGUAUCAAAAAUAAACUUAGGGUCUCAGGACAGCA